CAAACAUGAGGGGGCGCUCACAUCCUACUUUUCACUCCACGUUAAUCUGGUACGGGGCCUACGUGUUACCAAAUCCGUGGGACUCAUGGUCAAUGAAUCUAAGAUCCGCCAAUUACAUUUAUCUGCGACAAAAUUUUCAAAUUCAUUUCCCCACUAGUAAUUGGCCACGUCAUCAAUGUUAAAAAAUCUUGGCCUUUAUUAAAAUGCUCUUCGUAUCUGCAGCCGCAGAGAAUUCCCCCCUCUAUCUUCUUAUCUCCUCCUACAAGGCUCGGCAAGGGAGCUUGAGGAUUUCAGAAUUGGCGAGGCACUGGGAUUGAGGUUUUGAAUAAUCAAUACAACGCCGUUAUACCCUGGUGCAGUGGGGGCCCAUCCAUGGGACAGGUCUUGGACAAAUUUCAAGGAGGGUGGACCCAUUUCUCUUCCUGAUUUCAUUUUCAGUUGGAAUGACCAAACUUGCAACAUGUUUUGGAAUUAUUCAUUCCUCCUUGCUAAGAAUACUGACUAUGCUAUCGCAAUAUCAUCGAUAUAUUUGAAGUUUUUGAGUGCCUGCUGAUACAAGCAAUGUCUGGUAUCCUUUUUUGAUGAUGAGGAUAGGAAUGAUAGUUUGCUUGCCAAAUUAAUGGUAAUCACAGUAUUGGUUUUAGGCUCUGUUGUCUGACCCAAAUCAGUCAAAUAUGGAGAAGUCUCUUUGAUGCAUUUGUACAAAUCUUGGUACCAUAAUAUUGAGAUUAGCUUAUCUGUGAUCAAAUGUUGUUUUCAAACACCUUAGUUUAUAUUAUCCAUUGGAGGAUAUGUUACUCAUAUGGUACUCUUCUGUAGGAUGACUGCUAGCCAACUGGCAAGCUAUGUCUUGUGGUUCUUCUAAGGGGGAAAUACCUACGAACCAUAUUCUGAAUGAGAUCAUGGACUGGAAGGAAUGGAGGCAAAGACAGAUAAGAAAGAUUACUGAUAAGGUGUUUGAUCAUAUAAAAAAUGAUGAUGGAAGGGCUAAUUUGACAUUUGAAGAUCUAUAUAUUGCUGUCCUACUUGUGUACAAUGAUAUGAAUAAGAAGUUGCCUGGGCCUCAUUUUGAUCCCCCCUCCAAAGAGCUUGUCAGAGAGAAAAUUCAGGAGUGUGAUAUCAACUUGGAUGGAGAAAUUGAUCGUGUAGAAUUUGGGGCAUUUAUUCAGAAGCUAACAGUUGACACAUUCAUCACGGUUAGUCAGGGGUUACUUAUUACUUUGGUUGUGGCACCAACAGUUGCAGUCACGACAAAGAGGGCAACUGAGGGCGUUCCAGGAGUGGGGAAGGUGGUGCAGCGGUUACCCAAUUCAGUUUAUGCAUCCCUCAUCACUCUUGCAAUUGUGCUGUUCCAGAGAUCAAGCUACGAGGUGGUGUAGAUUGGUUUGUUUCUUUUUAGUUGAAUUGUAUGUUUGUGUGUAAGAUGACUGAUGUUUGUUUCCAGUUAAAAUUUAUAUUGCAUACCAGAUACUUGCACCCUGGUAGUUGUGUAUACAAGCUUUUAUAAUGAUGUAAUUCUCUGUGGCUGUGUGCUAUUCACGAAUAAAUGCUUCCGGUAUUACUAUUAUUAUUAUUAUUA